ACUGCGGUUACAGAUGGUCGCUUCAGGAAAAGCUAAUUUUACUAUUGGAAAUUCGACUGAAAUGUACAAUUUUUUCAACUUUUCGAGUCACUGUAUAAUAAACUAGUGCAAGUGUGAAUCAAAGUUUGCUUGAAAUUAUGUGUGAACCCGAGUAGAAUCGUGCUUCGAAAACAUGGAUUUGGAUCUGGAGGAGCAAAGACUCCUCCGUCGCAAGAAGAAAUCCUCCGAAGCGGGCAAUUUGCAACAGCUGGCGGAAACAUGUCGGAAGUUGGGGGAGCUGUACAGCGACCGUGGCGAACACCGGAAGGCGCUGAACGAGUACAAGCUGGUUGCCAAAGCAUAUCACAAUCUGAAGAUGCCUAUGGAGGUGGGCAGGGCCAACCGGAUGGUUGGGGAGAUGUUUAUGCUCUUGGGUGAAUUUGAGAAGGCCCUGCAGUACGAGAAGGUGUACCUGGACAUUGCGCGGAAUGAGGACGACAAGGUAGAACUGCAGCGGGCUUAUAUUACGAUCGGGAGAACUUAUUUGCUAAAGGGGCAGAGUUGUGAUGGAACGGAGGCGGCGAAGGAACCUCUGACGGAAGCAGAGAAAGCAUUCCAAAAAGGACUGAAGCUCAGUCGGGAGCUGAAGGAAGUGGGCAAGUUGGAACGGUUUGAUAUGGAAGCAAGGGCUUUGCUCAAUCUGGGAGUGACAAAGGAACACCAGGGGCAUCUGGAAGCAGCGCUGGAGUAUAUGCAUACAGCGACCAAGAUUGCCCUGAACAAUGAUCUGCUGGAGCUGUUGCAUCAGUGUUACAUUUCUUCGGCUUUAUUGUUCAAUGCGAAGCAAAGCAAUCACACCAAGGCGUUGAAGAUAUUGAGUGAAGCACUGGAAGUCGCUUCCAGGCUCAGCAACAAAGCAGCCAAGAUGUGCGAAACCCUGUUGAUCAAGGCGGACGCGAUGAUUCGGAUGGGAGAUUUCCAAAGUGCCAAACAAGCACUGAAGAAAGCUUUCCGAAUGAAGACGCCGGUGGUUUCGGACGCGGAAAACAUCGAACGGCAACUCAAAAUUUUGGUGGCAAUCUGCCGCGUGGAGGAUGAACUGAUUACGACCGAUAGUAGCCAGUAUGGUAAGCAGAAGAUUCUGUACGAAAAGAUGGGCGACGGGGCGUGCAAGCUGGAGAACUACAGUAAAGCAAUUGAUUACUACUUGAAGAUGCUGGAGUGCGCCCAGUUGAAUGGGGAAGCUGACAGGGAUCUGGUUCCGACCUACGUUAGUCUGUAUCAAACAUACAAGGACAAUAAGCAGUUCGAGGAUGCGCUCAUUUUCCUGUGGAAAGAGUACGAUUUGAUUCAGGAUAUUCCGAAGGAAGCUUACAACACACUGCUGAGCAUUGCCGAAGUGUACGAAGCUCAGAAACGGUCCUUAUUCGACACCGAGGACAUCUACCGUCGAGUUCGACAGGAAGCUAAAAAGAUGAAGUCCUUGAAGAUGGAACGAAUUCCCCUCAAGCGAUGCAUUGUCAUGCUUAAAAAGCACUCAAUGGAUCUGAUGGCGGAGAAUCUGGAAAAGGAAGCAAAGGACCUUGGAAUCGAUCUGGCCAUUGAGGACGGUAACGGAAGUGACGAUGAUUCGGGAGACGAGCCGGACGAAACGGAGACGUCGAUCGAGUUUGCCAUCAACACUCCGGAUAUCGGGGACGAUGUAGAUUUGUCUGAACUGUCCGACUCGGAUGAAGAUCGCUCGAAACAGGUGGAGAAACAGUCGGAUGCCAGAAGUUCCCGGAAGCGGGGGAUGUCGUUUCAGAUCAAGAGGAACAACAAAGGCGAAACUCAAUUGCAUCAAGCUUGCAUUGCUGGGAAUAAGUUAUUGGUUCAGAAGCUUCUGGAGCAAGGCCAUCCGGUUAACAUCCGCGACCAUGCUGGGUGGCUUCCGCUACACGAAUCGUGCAUUCACGGUCACAAAGAGAUUGUGGAGAUGCUUUUGGACAAGGGAGCUCACAUUAAUGAUAAGGGCGGGACCAGUUGUGAUGGAAUAACACCACUCUACGAUGCAUGCUCGAAUGGAAAUUUAGAAGUCGUUGAGUUCCUGUUGAAUCGAGGAGCGAACUGCACACAACGCACCGACUCCGGGGAUACGACUCUGAACGUGCUUGAACUGUGGUUUAAAGGCGUUCAGAAGAAGCUUCUGCAUGAAGAUAUCGCCUUCUACAACACCAUUCGAGAUCGCAUCAUUAGCUGCUUCGACAAGGCAGGAAUCAAGCCAACGGAAGCUGGCAUCGUUCCGGAGUCGAUGGAAGUGGAACCGACUUCUUCCGGAACUGCUCGCUCUACUCGACGCCGUGCAAAUCGUCAUGGUCGAUCGGAUUCCGAUUCAGAACGAGACGAAACUCGGACCGUUCGCACUGUCACCAGUAAUCAAAGCUCCGGUUACGGAAGCAGCAAAGGUACUCCGAAGACCUCGGCCCAAAAGCGCCCGUCAGAUAUCGUUUCGGAUUCGGCAUCCGACAUGGAACCGGAACCCGGUCCUUCACGGUCUUUUCGUGAAAAAACCGCCCGUGGAUCGUCCGGAGUAGACGACUACCGUAAUGCCAUUCAAGUACUGCGGAAGGGAAACACGAUGCGGGCUCAGAUCGUAUCACCACUGAAAGAUCCUAAUCCAGGACCGGCCAAACGGGCCGCCUACAUGCGCCAGGCGGAAGUAGGUGACGAUUGGCUAGUCAAUGAUCUGGGCCCGAAUAAAAAACGACAGAAAAUUCUCUCGGAAAAGGACUACACUGAGCCUAAUAAGCAACAUCCUCGGCCACUGAAUCGAAGCUUCGAGCGAGAACGUUCUCCGGGGGAGGCACUUCCGAUUUCCGACAGGACAAUAACUUCUACUGGAUUGGAGUAUGAUGAGGACCCGGAUGAACCACAGGUGACCGUGGUAAGUAGACGAAGCGAGCGUGCAUCAUCAGAGGAAAGUGGUCCCGAUGCCCUUCAGAUUCUGAUGAACGCUUCCGGGAGGAGUUUCUCCCGAAAGCCGUCGACUCAGUCAAAGAUGCGUCGACAGCGUUCGAGUGGAAGUUUCAACCGGAAUCAGACUUCGCUGCUGGAGGUGGGGUUUAAUAUGUCCACACGGUCAGACAGUCCAACGAUUGGACAAAUGGAUAGAAGUAUGGUGUCUCCGGCGAAGAGUAGUACCAGCCAGAGAACGCCUGUAAAAGCUGGGGCAUUGUCGAUGGUUGGAAAGCAAACACCGGUGAAGAUUCUACCUCCGAACAUGGUCCGAGUGAUCAUCGAAGGCGAUUUCAUCGAUGUCAGUUACGAUGAAGAAAGAAUCAUGGAAUUGAAUGUCGGAUGGCUGAUCAACGAAGUGGUGAAGCGUUACGGAAUCAAACAUGGAAAACGACCACUUAUAAAACUACUACGGCCAGAUGGUGGCCUUUGUAUGGAUACCGAUCCCCUUACGACGCUUCUGUGCGGCUCGGAUUCCAUAAUCAAUUCCUACCUCAUAGAAUUCGAAAAGCUGCGUUCGGAUCAGUUCUACGAGGAUUAUUGCAAACAUCGCGAUGUUGAAAUGCUUACCGAACUGCUCCAUUCGCUGGGCACCAUGGAAAACACCGGUCACUUUACACUUCGCCGGGAUUUCCUCUCCGCCAAGCCCCACCAGUGGAAUAUUCUAUUUCAAGCGCUUGGUUACCAGGGUCGUGUCCGAGAGCUAAACCUAUCAUUCAACCAACUCACCGAUGUCGACUUCCAGGAGCUCACCGUCAAACUUCCUUCCUUCAAACUUCUUGAAAAGCUUAAUCUUUCGAUGAAUUGUAUCAGUCACAAGGGAAUUGCUAAUCUAUCUGGCCUCCUAGCAGGCACUGGAACCGAUGGGUUCAUCCCCCUAGCAAACGCCUUAUCACAUCUGACUGAGCUGGAUCUCAGUCGAAAUCCGCUUAUGGACCAGAGCUUGCUGGUACUGACCAGCGUUUGCCAGCAACUAAAACAGCUCAAAGUUCUCCGCCUGACUUCGACGGGAAUUACGAACCUUACCUUCGCAACACCCCCUCUCGACAUAUCACAGCUUCAAGUGCUCGAUGUUUCCGAAAAUAACCUCAACAAGAAAUCCAUCGAUUAUAUGUUCACCAAGUUGAACACGAGAAUAAUCACUGAACUAAACCUUCAUUCCCUAGGGAAAUUAAGGGAGUUUAAGCCUGCCUUCAUCCUAGCCAUCCAGUCCUAUGACUUCGACAUGCUACGAUCGCUAAAUCUGAGCAACUGCGGCUUAACCGAUGCCGAUCUUAGUGCGAUUGUGUUUUCAUUGAAAACGACCGCCGAGAAGCUCAAGCACCUGGAUGUCUCAUUUAACGCCAAACUGACACAAAAGAGUCUUGUUGAAAUUUUGCAAAGCUUUACCAAUGAAUCACUAGAAUCGGUGCGCCUAUUGCAGAAUCCUCUGGUUCUGAAGAGCUUCGUGGCGAACGAUAUGGUAGGAGCGAUUAAGUACGAUCGGGAUCAAAGUUAUCCGUACCGGCUGGAACUGAUGGUGCCUUUGCGGCUUUCCGAAGAACAGAUCGAGGAGCUGCGUGGCGCGUUGACUCUGUUUUGGGAGCGGAUCUGGAAGGAACGUGCUGUUGUGGAAGUGAAUAAGCAUAAGGUUAAGCUGUCAAUGCGGCUUUAGGAUAGUUUAGAUAGUGUUGGAUAGUGAGUGAAAUUUGAUAAUAAACGUGAU